GGAAAGGCACCAGCAGGGAGGGAGGCUGCUGCCUCCAGUCUGCUACCUGGGAGAGCCAUGAGCUUGUAGUCGGAUGCAGGCUCCGGACCUGACCCGCUGGCUGCCACACCAGGGCUGGGAGGAGAGGGGCAGGAUGCAUCUGCUGCUGCUGCAGUAGUCUGACAAUGGGAGAGGAGGAGGCUGCUGCCUAGGGCUGGGAUUGGCACUGGGAGAAUAAGGGUGUUUUGUAGGCUAUACCUGGCCUCACAGUUGGGUUUAUUGAAUUAUUUUGGGGAGAAACUAGAAAAUGUUAGGGAAAGUGAUAAGGAAGGAGGCCGCAUACCACAAUGCAGGUCACUCCAGCACUAAAGUCCUCUCCACCUUUAAAGAUCUCGAAUUCCUCGUGAGGACAGCACAAGGGCCGUGCUGGAGAAUGACUGAGAGAUCAGCAAGAUACCUGUCCUUACUGCUGUGAUACUAUAGUAGAGGGAAGACUCUCUUGUGUUAAUCAGCAGCAGCUGGAUUGCCUGGACCAGGAGAAAAGAUCUGGAAACAGUGAUCUACAGGCGGAGAACGUGCUCAUUCACUAUCACAAUGCAGUGACAAGCGUGGAAAUAAUGGGCUGCUUGCUGGCAAAGCUGAAGCCGCAGGUCUACAGGCAAUAAACAGAAGCCAGUACGUUUGAAAUGUCUCUGUGUAGAAGUCAGUGACUUGCUGCUGGGCCGCCCAUAGAAACUAACGUCACAUCCUCAGCCGUCAUCAAGACAAAGCCAAUAGUCCUCUCUUAUGUGAAGUCUGUACACUGGGGUUCAGUAAUCAGCUGCCGUGUCGUUUAAUAAUCCAGUUAUGAGAGAAAUUUUUUUUUUUUCAUCUUUUGGCAUUUUAAAAUAAUCUUGAAUAUUCAGUAAAUCAUUUGGAUAAAUGAAUGGACUCAUUUUACUACAAAAUUCUUAAAUUUUUAUUGAAGUUUUGAAUUUUUUUUAAGGAUUCGCCAAAUUCCAAGGUACAGGUUAAAAAAAAAAAAAUCAUAAUUUGUAGGUCAUUUGCUUUCCAAACAAAAACUUUCUGCCUGGUGUUUCGGCUGUGUCGUACCGCGGCGCCCCCUGCAGUUGUUAUAUUUGUCAUGGCGAUGGCAGAGAAGUGCGACUUCAUCGUUAAUAUGUAUGGGUAUGAUCUGGGCGGCCACUUUGUGGAUUUUAAGCCUUUAGGGUUUGGGGCCAACGGACAGGUCCUGUCUGCCACCGACCUCAAAACCUCUCGAAAGGUGGCGGUGAAGAAGAUCACCAUCAGCGACUGUCGCGGCAUGAAGCACGCCUUGCGGGAGGUUAAGAUAAUCCGGCAUCUUAGCCAUGAUAAUAUUGUGAAGGUGCACACUGUGUUGGGACCUAGAGGGGCUGAUCUGCAAGGUGACAUCUUCAGGUACAAUGUGGUGUACAUCGUGCAAGAACACAUGGAGACGGAUCUUGCCCGGUUGCUGGAGCAGGGUCCGCUGAGUGAGGACCAUGCCAAGCUUUUUAUGUACCAGCUUCUACGUGGACUGAAGUACAUCCACUCAGCCAAUGUGCUCCACAGGGACCUGAAGCCUUCCAACAUCUUCAUCAGUACAGAUGACCUCGUACUUAAGAUCGGUGACUUUGGGCUGGCCAGGAUCGUGGACCAGCAUUACUCGCACAAGGGUUAUCUGUCAGAAGGAUUGGUGACUAAGUGGUAUCGAUCUCCCCGUCUUCUCCUCUCACCUAAUAACUAUACAAAGGCCAUUGACAUGUGGGCCGCCGGCUGUAUACUAGCAGAGAUGUUGACAGGACGGAUGCUCUUUGCAGGCAAUCAUGAACUGGAGCAGAUGCAGCUAAUCUUAGACACAAUCCCCGUGAUUCACAAGGAAGACAAGGAAGAACUGCUCAAAGUGAUGCCCUCAUUUGUCAACUCCGACUGGGUGGUAAAGAGGCCUCUGAGGAAACUGCUUACUGAGAUGAACCUGGAAGCUAUUGAUUUUUUGGAAAAGAUUUUGACCUUUAACCCCAUGGACCGAUUAACAGCUGAAGAUGCUCUGCAGCAUUCCUACAUGUCCCCAUAUUCCUGCCCAGAAGACGAGCCAAUAUCUCUGCAUCCUUUCCGCAUUGAGGAUGAAAUUGAUGACAUCCUGCUGAUGGAGGCCAGCCAGAGCCAGCUGUCUAACUGGGACAGGUAUCAAGUGAGUUUUUCUUCUGACCAGGACUGGAGACAAGAUCAAAACCUUGGUAUGAGUGAUGUCCAACGUGAUCCUCGUGCUGGAUCAGGAUCACAGGCUGAAGAAGCUCAGGUGGACCCACGAAAAUACUCUCAAAGUAGCUCAGAAAGAUUCCUAGAACAGUCCCAUUCAUCUAUGGACCGUGUUUCUGAAGGAGAUUGCGGAAGGUCUUGUGAAUAUAAAGUGGGAUCUCCUUCCUACUUGGAUAAAUUACUGUGGAGAGACAACAAACCACACCACUACUCAGAACCUAAACUCAUUUUAGAUCUUUCCAACUGGAAAAAAACAAUUCCACCUACAGGAGACAUGGCCAUGGAAGAAGAGCCCUCCAAUCUCUUUCUGGAGAUCGCUCAGUGGGUCAAGAGCACUGAGGCGGGUCUUGCGUGCCCAACAAGUCCUGUGCCUGAGGCACAAGAGCCCCAUCAAAUGUGUCCUCCUCAUCAGGAGGCACCCAGUGAUAUCACCAAGGAUGCUGAAUCUUCUUUCAAUUUGGAUGUUUUUAUCACCAGAGCACUAAAAUUGUGUACGAGCCAGGAAGACUUGCCAGACAACAAGCUCAAUGACAUCAAUGGGGCUUGUAUUCCAGAGCACCCAAAUGACAUUCCACAGAAGGAAGUAUUUCAUAAGGACAGGUGGUAGUAUUUUCACAAAGCAUUUAUAAUGAUACACAAGCGAUAUGACAAAAGGAAUAUUUUGCUGAGCACAUUUUUUUUUUAAACAGACAUUGGAAUUUUUAAAUGCAAUGUACUAAGAUAACUCUUAAUAUCUCAGAGAACAUUCGAGAUCAAGGUCCUAAAAAAUCUUUUCUGUACUGGUAGAUGUAAUUUCAUUACAUUGUAAACUUAAUGCCUUUUAUUUAAAGGUUAGCACAGAUCAAUGCUCAAUAUUUGAUGCCUUACAAUACUUGAUGAAAGGAGUGUGAAAAGUAUACCAUACCAUUUAUCCAUUUUAUAAAUUAUCAAAGCUACCACUACCACAUGAUUCCUGAAUAUAAAAGAAUUGCAAAAUGUGAAAGAUUAUAUUAGAUUUAUUAAAUAGUAUGCAUAAAAAAGACCCAAAAAGUUUUAGAAAAACUUAAAUUGUAGCUUAAAAAAAAAGUUCUUUCUCAUUUAAAUUCAGUGUAGUGCUAUUUAGUUUUUUUGGUUUCUUAAAAAAAAAAUUCAGUAUAAAUUUAUUUUUGCAUCCGUUUUGAACAUUUGAACAAAACAUACGGUACAUGAAAUAAUAAUAAUACUUUUAAAAAUACAAGCAAUUAUAUUACGUGAAGUACCAAUUUGACUUUAUAUUUUGAACAUGACAUAUAUUGUAAUACACAGUUAUUGAUACAUAUUUAUUAUAUUCACAUUUAUCAUAUGUUAGAGACUAGUAUAUAUCCUCCAGAGUGGAAAUAAUAUAAUUACAGCAUUAUAAAUUGAACAGAUUUUGGAACAAUGAAAAUUUGUGUGUAAAAUAUGAACAGAGGGCACACUUUGCAAACAAAUAAUAUAUAUCUGUUUAUAUAACUUAAUUUCUUUAAUUACUUAGAGAUUAACAUUAAUAUAUGAAUGUAGAAUAUUUAACUUUGAAAUAUUUUUUAAAUUGUAAAUCAUUGAAUGUUUUAUCCUUAAAUGUCACCAAAAAGACAAAUCAAGGAUUUUAUGGUUAGGAAUUGUCAAUGAGGUCUCUAUAAAAAAUUAGCAAUAGGUGUUAUACUGUAUACAUUAUUUACAGUCUUUUUUUAAGUAUUUAUGCUACCAUUUGAUUUCUUUGAAAUUUUUAAAUAACCAUAACAAACAGGGACAAACACAUUUGAUGUUUUGUAACUUCUAUUAGCACCCUUUAACAAAUAUAUGAAUAAAACUUAAAAAAAUUAAAUACAUUAAUUGUGAAUUCUUAAAUAUGUUUCAAAUCAGCAUACUGAAAAUAUUUUAUUUGCAGUAAAGAUCUUAUUAGUUUAAAAAAUGUGGUACUGGCAAUAUUUGUACUGCACAUAAAUGGAGUGAUACAUAUGGCUUCUUCAUCUGUACGGAAAAUGUAAGUGUUUAUCUCAGAACAAAUAACAGUUUUUAACAAAAAAUAUUCAGUUGCGUAGGCAUAACCAAAAAAAUAGUGGAAUUUUAAGGAAUAAUUCCACCUAAAAUGUACUCAUUUUUGUUUUAAGCUAACAUCCUUAUUUUCCCUAAUUACAAGGAAUACUGGGAUCCUGUGUAGGGGAACACAUCAUUUCUGGAUAAAUGAUGAGAUAGUUUAGAAUUCAGGAACUGACAGUGUGCAGGUUUUAGGAACUGACCCAGUGCAGCUUUCAGCUUUCAGGAACUGACCCAGUGCAGCUUUCAGGAACUGACAGUGUGCAGGUUUCAAGAACUGACAAAGUGCAGGUUUCAGGAACUGACAGAGUGCAGGUUUCUCAGUUUGCAGGUUUCAGGAACUGACCGAGUGCAGGUUUCAGAAACUGACCGAGUGCAGGUUUUAGGAACUGACCGAGUGCAGGUUUCAGGAACUGACUGAGUGCAGGUUUCAGGAACUGAUUGAGUGUAGGUUUCUCAGAUUGCAGGUUUCAGGAACUGACUGAGUGCAGAUUUCAGGAGCUGACAAAGUUGUGAUGUCUAGUAUGGAUCCCAAGAGUUGUGGGUUUAAGUAAAAGUUACAUUUGAGGUUGAAUAUCUAGGUACCAAUGAACUAUGUGAUGCUGGCUGCUUCUAAAACAGACAACAAUUUUCCCCACAUGUCGUGAGGCCAAAACAAUAUCUAGUUUCUAUUGACAUCUGAUCAAGAUUAAUUAAAUGUUAAAAGGAAUUGUCAGCUAGUGUCUGGCAGCACUCUACGUGCCCCAAUGAAAGCAGCCAUUUGUCCCAAGUGCCCAGUGGCCAGUCCUGUCCAAUUUCAUUGCCUGUGUGUGGCCAAAAAUAGACAUAAGUCUGACCAGUAGGUUUUUUUUCUAAUGGUACAAAGGUACCAACACUGUUUUUUUGUAUCAUUUUGUAAUUCUUAUAACUAGUUCCAGUACCAGUUGUCUUAUGCCAAUUAUCUAGGCUUUUUUGGCAAAUGUAUUAUUAUUAUUUUUUAAUACAUUUAGAUAAGUAGAAGCCUUUUUAUUUUGCGACCAUAUAGCUGAUCAUCUCCAUAAUUAAUUAUGGUUUAAUAAAGUCUACAAUAGCAUGGUCCACCGAAUGUUACUCAUUGUCAGAAGACCGGACUAUAAAAGCCAAGGUUACCUUGUAUGGAUGUUGAACCUGAAGAAUGUGAAAGCAUUAUGUAUUUGUAUAGAGUAUUCUUGCUGUUGGUAUAAUUUUGUUCAGUGGUUUAAUUCUGUGUCUUAUUUCACAAUAUCAGCUCUGAAACGUGCUACUGGUAUAUCUCUCUUUAGAGGUAUACACUUAUAUAACUAACAUAAAUUGACCUAUUAAAAUAACAACUUCAGUCCAA